AUGAAACAAACUAAGUUACUUGUUAUGGGACAUACUGGUCAUGGUAAAAGUUCACUUGGUAAUUUUAUUCUUAAAAAGAAUGUGUUUAGUGUUAGUGUUAAUCCUAAUUCUGAAACCAAUGAAACAAAAGGAUAUUCCGGAACAGGUGAUAGAAGUGAUAUACUUGUUAUUGAUACACCUAGUUUUAACGAUUCUAAAGGUCCAGAAAGUCAAAGAGAAUAUAUGAAUCAAAUGGUAGAUUAUAUUAAAAAAGAAGGAGAAGGACUCCAAGCCAUUGUUGUUGUAUUAAAUUUUAAUGAGGAUAGAUUUCAGAAAAUAUUAAAAUAA